GCAGGAAGUGGGAGUAAUGAGAAUGGGAUCAGUGAUUGUAAAGAAAUAUACAUGAACUUUGGUCUGUCAUUGCAGUUAAUUGGCAUUUUUAUGCAUAUAAAUUGAAUAAUCUAAAUUCAGAAUGACUGGAUAAAGCUCCUUAAAAUACUAUGGAUUCUGAUUUCUUUGAUAACCUUGUGAAAUUCAACUCACUAGCUAGUGGCAGAGAUAAAUUGUUCAGGUAUACCUGCUUUUGCCUUUAAAUAGUGAUAGAGUCUAAUAGAGUUAUAAACCCUGGCACUGGUACUAAUAAUUACUUCUAAUAAUAGUUUAAUAGGCCUAGUUUCUACUCUAAGCUCUUACCCUACUCAUCCAAGAAAAUAAUACCCGGUACACAAUAUUACUGCCAUUAUUUUUAAUGCUGCUGGGUAGAAAUAUAAUAUGUAUUCUUUGAGCAGCAUUGUUACAGUUACAUGCCCUAGCCCUUGUUUUAGUGUAAUCUAAGUUUGAAUAAAUGUGCCUGUAUAAAGUUUCAUCUCCAAAGUCCCCAAUAGACGUCAGUGUCUGUAGCAAGUAGCAGUGUUGGUUAUCAUGGAUCUACCACAUUUAAUAUAUGAAACUUUGGGGGUGGUAUGGGUAGGAUUUGAAUAUUAUCUGAAUAUGUAAAAUAGUAAUACCAGUAAUAAAUAAUAAUGUAUUUCCAGUUAAAUUAAAUCAAAAGAGGGUAAAACACUAUAACUAUAAUGUUCCAGGUAUGGAAACUCUUGGUCUUGACUGUAGAUGGAGUGUAUAUGGGCAAUAAGGGUACCAGUACCUGAAUUAAUUUUAAUAAUACACUGCCUAUAGGUCAAUGCUGGCUUGGGCAUUCAAUGGGCUUACUUACUUAGACCCUUUACCCGGUCUGGAGUAGGCCUAUAGGCCGUCUACAAGAAUUUUCUAUUCAUCUCAGUCCUAUGCCUAGGCUUUCCUUUCCAGUUGCUUCCAGUUCCCGGUGUAUCUCAACACUCGUGUCAAUGUCAAAUAAUUUCUCUCUAUGUAGUGCUAGUUCAAAAUAUUAUAAUUUGUAGGCAAUAUUAGUAAAUACAAAGUGUUUUUUUUCCAGACUAUUGCAGUAUGGAAGCAAAUUUACUUGGUGGUAUUUACAUAGGUAUGGUGCUAAUCCAGAGGUUGUUGAUAGGUUACAGAAACUAGGAAAUGCCUUAAGUACAACCAGAAAAUGUAAGUAGGUUAUACUUUGUUUCUUGGAAUCAAUGGAAACUACCGGUAUAUAAUAGAGGUAGUUUGUCUGUAUAACCUACUAAAAAACCCACUUAUUUUGAAGGAGGAUCAACAACUAUUCUGGGAAAACAGUAGCUGACUGUAGAAAACAUUAGCUAAAGCAUGUAAAGCUUUCGUUCAUAAUUUUACUUCGGAAUAUUAUCCUACUUGGGCUAUUCCAAGAUUAAAACUGCCAAAAUACACGAACGGUAUCUUGAAUGCAAGUCCCUAUAUUGUUACAACAAAAAUGAUUAUGAACGUUUUCCCCCCUCAAUGUAAAUUACAUGAUAGAGCAAACAUUUGCUUUUUUUUAAAUACCGGUAUGUUACUUAAACAUCAUCCUCAUUAAUUAUCAUAAUCUGAAUGAUUACUGUCAGGAUUUUUAUUUGAUAAAGUAACAGCAUGCUUAAAAAUAAAUAUGUAUUAUGUACAAUGUAAUCACAACACUUCCAUUUAUUUUGAUCAUUAAGUCAAUAAGUACCGCGAUGUAGCUUAGGCAGUAAAACAUAAUUUGUGAACUUUACCUAAAGUUUCCUGGCAAAAAGACUGUGAAAGAAAUAUUUUUGCUUAUGUCAUAUCCACUUUAUCCAAGGAUAAGCAUCCAAAGGUUAUUAUCUUGUUGGCAAAUAAAAAUGAAUCAGUACCCGUAAUAUGCCCAUUUUUCAGUACCGGUACCGGUAAUUAUAAUUAUAAGUUAUUUAUUUCCUUCAAUCAUUUGAAGUACCAGUACCUUGUACCGGUAAUGAUUUUAUUCACUUUAUUGAAUUUAUUUUAUUUUUCAGUUAUGCAACUUGGAAAGAGCCUGGACUUUGUUCAUGGUGCUCUUCGCAGUCUUCACUUAACUGAUUCUAUUUUGCGUUGGUCAAUCACUUUGGCUAAACUGAAUCAGUCUGUAUCACUUCUGUUCGAUCAUAUUAUUUGGGCCGGGCGCUUAGGCCUGGCACAAAUUGACAAAGAUAAAUGGAGCAACCUGUCUGCAAGAUUUUGGAUAGUAACAUUGACUUUAAACCUUGUCCGUGAUAUUUAUGACAUUUACUUGAUAAUUUCUCAAGAAUUGAGACUGAGAAUUGCUAAAUCUUCACGUAGCCACUACAAGAAUGGUGUCUCAGAACACAAAAGUAUUACCAGACCUUCAAUGACAAAUACUCAACUGAUUUAUAAAUGUCUUUAUGAAAACCAGCCAGUCUUUUUGGAUCUAGUUAAGAAUUUGUCAGACCUGAUUUUACCACUAGAAGCAUUGGGUUUUGUCAGAGUUUCUCCAGGAAUACAAGGUUUGGCUGGAACAGUAUCAUCUCUUAUUGGUAUUGUGACUGCUUGGAAUCCAUUGCUUAAGUUGGUACCAUCAUAAAUUGAAUAUAUAGCAUUGUUGGAUUAUUUCUUAUGUACGGUCUGCAUAAUUAUGUUUCAUUUCCACAGAAAUGUCUUGUUAAAACUGAUUUAUUUACAACUUAUUGGUGUAAAAUUUACCCCACAGAAACUUGAGUCACAUUGUUAACUUUUACUACAAAGGUCAAGUAAAGCUACAAAAACUAUUUUUCUUACCAGUACAUCAAAAAUUAAUCUAACUCCUUCAGCUAAAAAAAAAUAUUUUCAAAAAUUCUAUGCAAAGAACAUUGUGGUGUUAAAAUAUCAUUUCAGGUCUGCUGCAAGGUAAUAGUAAUAAUGGUGCCUUAAUAAUAUAAAAUAUAAACUAAUUAGUUAAUACUACAGCGAGGUAAACCAGGUUAGAGAUAAAGGGAAAAUAAAGAUUUCUGUGCAGUCAGUUCCAAUGCACCAUUUACUUAAAGUUAAAGCAUAUUUAAGAUAUUUGGGUCCAAAAAGAUACAAUAAUCCCAUGCAUUGACCAGAUUAGUUGGGUGGGUAUAUAUUGCUCAAAACAUGUUAAUGUUUGAAUUGUGACAUAAAAAAACCAAGUUUUAGCCGAAAUCCUUCAUCAUGAGAUCAAAAAUAAAUAAACUGUGAAUAAACUAAACUUUGUAACAGGUUGUAAUGUAAUUCUCUAACAGUAGGUCAGAAGUUCAUUGAGAACAAGUGCCAAAACUAUACUGUGUAUAUAAAUGUAUACCUAUUUUCAGAGCAAAAUAUAGACGGUGUGGUUGAAAAAUUAUUAGAAAAAGAGUAGCCACAGUUAACACAUCAAGAGUGACAUUGUGGUUGGCACAAUUAAAAUGAGAUGUUAUGUUAUUUUUUCUCACCGUUGCUUAAUCAAUCUCAAAGAGCCAAACAUCACCCAGUUUCAUGAUGUAACAUAUCUAACUUCAGUAGAAUGGUUUUAGGUAAGAGCGGAUAAGAAAGUUAAUGUGUUGUGUUUUGAUGAAUAGGGGCAAGUCUUUCACGAUACAGUUUCUUUUUUUAAAUAAAUAUACCCAAUAUAUACAUAUUAUUAAGUCCCUCUGAUUAUGAAGCUUGUAUGUAUUUAAUUUGUAAAAUAAUUUUAAAAUAUUUUUGUUAUAUUUUGAUGAAUUAAACUGUUUUAAAUUGAGGAA